GUCUGUGCGGCACGUAAAAGGCUCCAGCAUGCAUGGGACGCCCCUAACCUGUUUCUACAACCGCAAUGGGCAAGCAGAUCAUCUUCUACGAGGGACGGAACUUCGAGGGCCGCCACUAUGAGUGCAGCAGCGACUGCGCCGACACACACACGCACUUCUCGCGCUGCAACUCUAUCCGUGUGGACAACGGCUGCUGGGUGGCCUACGAGAAGCCCAACUACACCGGCUACCAGUACAUGCUGACCCAGGGCAAGUACCCCAACCACCACCGCUGGGCCGGCUUCAACAACUGCAUCCGCUCCUGCCGAAUCAUCCCUUCUUACAAUGGAUCAUACCGGCUGAAGAUCUUCGAGAGGACCGAUUUUGCGGGUAAGAUGAUGGAGCUGAACGAGGACUGCCCCAACCUGCAGGACAGCUUCCAGUUCCGCAGCAUCUCCUCCUGCAACGUGGUGGAGGGCUACUGGAUCCUCCACGAGCAUCCCCACUACCGAGGCCGCCAGUACAUCCUGCGGCCCGGCUCCUACAGUCGCCACAGCGACUGGGGCAGCAUGACCACCAGCGUGGGGUCGGUGCGACGCGUCACGGAGCUCAAGCAGAACCAGUAGAGCCCCUUUGCUCAGACAGCCCCUCCCCCCACCCCCCACUGGGUCCCGCGCUGAAACAGUUC